CGGGAAGCUGGGGGAGGGGUGAGGAUGGAGGGAGCCUGGGCCGGGAGGCAGUGCCGGUCCGGGCCCAGCGGCCUGGGUUGGGCUGGGCGGAAGCUGGGAGGGCUGUGGGGACGGCGCUUUUUCCUCUGCCCCGCCCCCUGGGACCACCUCCCCUCCCCCCGGCUAUCCACCGGCCGGGAUGUGGCCGGCGGCCGUUAGUUAGGCUUCCCGAGGCCGUUCCUUCAGGCCUCUUUCUCCCGGGCCGGCGAGAGGCCGUCUCCCUUGUCGUUACCACAGGCCCCAUCUCGGCGCCCAGCCCUCCUGGGGGCAAAAAGGCCGGUUGGGAUUUCGGGGCUUUCCCGCCCGAGUAGGGUCUUCUCUCACGGGAAAGCUGUUUUCACCGGGAAGCUCAGCUUUCUGUUACACCUGCUUCACCUCCCGCCUUCCUUGAGACCUGAGUGAUAUUUCUCGACUACUUCUGCGUCUCACGUAAACAUUUCUCCAACUCUUUUACUCUGUGGUAUCUCCCUGAGACGUGAUAUCGCUAGUGUGCCACCACCAGAAAGAAACGUCUGGACCCUCCUGCCCAGGUUAUGAAAACCCCCUUAACUGCCACGGUUUGCUUACCUGGCUCAUCGCCUCCUGAACUUUGUAUCUUUGCUAAAGUCAGUGAUGUGAAAAGACCUGACAUGGAUGAUAUUGCUGAUAGGAUGAGGAUGGAUGCUGGAGAAGUAACGUUAGUGAACCACAACUCCAUAUUCAAAACCCAUCUCCUGGGACAAACAGGUUUUCCAGAGGACCAGCUUUCAUUUUCUGACCAUCAGAUAUUACCUUCCAGGGAAGGAAAUUUGGACCGAUCUUAUACAUGUUCUACAAGAAGUGCAGCUUAUAAUCCAAAUUAUUAUUCAGGAUUCUUUGUCAGCAAGAUGAGAUCUCCUCCCCUAAAAAGACACAACCCUUCCUCAGACAGUUUUCUUGGCUCAGGAGAUUUAAGAACCUUUGGCCAGAGUGCAAAUGGCCAGUGGAGAAAUUCCACUCCAGCAUCAGGUUCAACUUUACAGAAAUCAAGAAACAGCCGAAGUCUUUACCUCGAAACCCGAAAGACCUCAAGUGGAUUAUCAAACACUUUUACAGGAAAGGCAAAUCAUCACUGCCAUGUGUCUGCAUACGAAAAAUCUUUUCCUAUUAAGCCUGUCCCAAGUCCAUCUUGGAGUGGUUCAUGUCGCCGAAACCUCUUGAGCCCCAAGAAAACUCAGAGGCGGCAUGUUAGUACAGCAGAAGAGACAGUCCAAGAAGAAGAAAGAGAGAUUUACAGACAGCUACUACAGAUGGUUACAGGGAAACAGUUUUCUGUAGCCAAACCCACCACACAUUUUCCUUUACACCUGUCCCGAUGUCUUAGUUCUAAUAAGAAUACUUUGAAAGACCCACUGUUUAAAAAUGGAAGUUCUUGUGCAGCUCAGAUUAUUGGCUCUGAUACUUCAUCAUCUGGAUCUGCCAGCAUUUUAACUACCCAGGAACAAGUGUCCCACAGUGUGUAUUCCUUAUCGUCGUAUGCCCCAGAUGCUGUUGCAUUUGGAUCCAAAGAUUCUGAUCCUCUCCAUCAACCCCAACAUCACCACUCUCUUCUACAUCAGCCAGACAACUUACCAGCUUCAAAUACACAAUCGGAAGGAUCAGACUCUGUGAUUUUACUCAAAGUGAAAGAUUCCCAGACUGCAACUCCCAGUCCUGCGUUUUUCCAGGCAGAGUUGUGGAUCAAAGAAUUAACUAGUGUUUAUGAUUCUCGAGCACGGGAGAGAUUGCGCCAGAUUGAAGAGCAGAAAGCACUAGCAUUGCAGCUUCAAAACCAGAGACUGCAGGAACAGGAACAUUCAGUACAUGAUUCAGUAGAACUGCAUCUUCGUGUACCUCUUGAAAAGGAGAUCCCUGUGACGAUCACCCAAGAAACAGAAAAGAAAGGUCAUAAAUUAACUGAUAGUGAAGAUGAAUUUCCUGAAAUCACAGAGGAAAUGGAGAAGGAAAUAAAAAAUGUAUUUCGUAAUGGGAACCAAGAUGAAGUUCUGAGCGAAGCAUUCCGCUUGACCAUUACACGCAAAGAUAUUCAAACUCUGAACCAUCUGAACUGGCUCAAUGAUGAGAUCAUCAAUUUCUACAUGAAUAUGUUGAUGGAGCGAAGUAAAGAGAAGGGAUUACCAAGUGUGCAUGCAUUUAAUACCUUUUUUUUCACUAAGUUAAAAACGGCUGGUUAUCAGGCAGUGAAACGUUGGACAAAGAAAGUGGAUGUGUUUUCUGUUGACAUUCUUUUGGUGCCCAUUCACCUGGGAGUGCACUGGUGUCUUGCUGUUGUGGACUUUCGAAAGAAGAAUAUUACCUAUUACGACUCUAUGGGUGGAAUAAACAAUGAAGCCUGCAGGAUCCUCCUCCAAUACCUAAAGCAAGAAAGCAUUGACAAGAAACGGAAAGAGUUUGACACCAAUGGCUGGCAGCUCUUCAGCAAGAAAAGCCAGGAAAUUCCACAGCAGAUGAAUGGAAGUGAUUGUGGCAUGUUUGCCUGCAAAUAUGCUGACUGCAUUACCAAAGACAGACCAAUCAACUUCACACAGCAACACAUGCCAUACUUCCGGAAGCGGAUGGUCUGGGAGAUUCUCCACCGAAAGCUCUUGUGAAGACUGUCUCAGUUAGCCGACAUUGACCUUGCGGGGGACCAGCUCUUUGUUGUCUAUAGCCAGAGACCUUGGAGACAGCUGCUCCCAACCCUCUGUUCUUGUAAAGCCCUUGAUCCUGGACCAGGCCCUGGCGAGAUGCAUUCACAAGCACAUCUGCCUUUCCUUUUGUAUCUCAGAUACUAUUUUUGCAAAGAAACUUUGGUGCUGUGAAAGGGGUGAGGGACAUCCCUAAGCUGAAGAGAGAGACUGCUUUUCACUUCUUCAGUUCUGCCAUCUUGUUUUCAAAGGGCUCCAGCCUCACUCAGUCCCUAAUUUGGGGGCCGAGAGAAGCUUGGACAGAUUCUUGGUUUCAUAUAAACUCUUGUUAGGCCUUACUAAGAGGUAGGAAAGGGCAUGGGCAAAAAGGUAGGGAUGAAAACCACCAGCAUAUACACGCACACAUACAUACACACAGGAUUUUCAAGAUGUGUUGUCAGGAAAGUGACUGUAAACUGGACUUUGGGUCACAUGCAUAAGUCCCUCCUCCAGGAUUUUCCCUAUUUAUAUGCCUCUUUGUGAAAUCCGUCUGCUUCUGUACAAGGCUAUUUUAUCAUCUGUAGCUUCCUCCCAUCCUGAGGCACAGCACAUGAGCCCUGGGUGGACCCCAAAGUCCCAGGCAGUCCUUUCCUUAAAGCAGGGGUUUGCAUGUGCUCACAACACAUGAUAUGGGGAAGACCCACCCAGGGAGCGGUUUAGUGGAGCAACAAAGGCACCACUUUUACUGCCGCCUACUUCUGACCAAGAAGAAGGACCUCAGUCUUUAGCAUAAAAUUCCAGCAUUGGAUGAAUGCAGGUCUAGUUUGGUCUGUGGCUAGUUAGUUUAAAUGUGUUUCUAACCACAGAGAAU